AUACAUGACUAUCGUUUUAUUUAUUUAUUUUUUAGCUUUUAAGCUCUUGCUUAUGAAGUGUGUUUGAAAGCGUGCUUAUCAUGAGCUCUUGUUCAGCAAACCCAAUCUAUAUCGAAAUCGCCAAUUCGACUUCUACAGCAGAGGGCAACCAACAGCGGGACGGAGAAGUUGGGACUGCACACGGUGAUGCGCAACCUCCUGAGUUCAAAGAGCGGGAUCCUGGAAAGGACAAGUCUGAAAGUGGAGCCCUUGACAAUCCACAGCCCUUGUCGAUGGGUCCAGAACUAGAAGAUAGUAUUUCGGAUGUGUCUCCAUGUCUGCCCUCCAUCGAAACACCGCCUGCGGUUUCAAUGGCCAACAGUCAGCUUCUAAAUGUCCCCAGUACCUCUGUCACAAGUAUCAAGAACACCCAUCACCUUUCUGCCAGUAAAGCCGGGACGAAUACGCCGACCCUCAGCCUUACGUCUGUUUUGCUUCCUGCCGCAUCUACGGCGCCAGCCACAAGAGUGGGCACGGUCAAUCAGACCCCUGGUAGAAAUCCAGUCAUAACUGUACCCAGAUUUGCAACAUCCGUACAGAACGGGACGCCCAGACCCACACAGACCACAACUAUACAACUGCCUGCGAAUUUUCAGAUCCCUCAAGGAAUGGUACUCAUCAGAAGUGACAAUGGACAGCUGAUGUUGGUAUCACAGCAAGCAUUAGCUCAAGCACAGGCUCAGGGUGUGGGACUUAUAAGACCUGCAGUUGCUACCAGCACCCCUAUAAUCAGAACACCUGUACCACAGGCUACUGGAGCUUCAGUUGUCAGAAAGCCAGUUCCUUCAACAGCCGUGAAAACCAAUUUUCUCCAAAGUUGUCAAGUUACUCCAGCUCAAAGAUUGUCACAAGAAAAGCAGAUAUUGGGAACUACUGUUUCAGCUGUUACCUCAUCAACAAUAAAAACCGUGACUGUUGCCGGAAUACCAUCUGAAAACUGCACCACUAAACUUCAGAGGCACUCUCCACCAACAACAGAAGGAGCUAAAGAAACAAUGGCCAUACAGGGUGCACUUUCUUCUGAGGUUUUGGAAAAUGUAAAGAAGUGCAAGAAUUUUCUUGUCACACUAGUUAAACUCGCGUCCAGUGGAACACAUUCUGUUGAAAUGGCAAAAAAUGUUAAGGAGCUGGUACAGAAUUUGCUGGAUGGAAAAUUGGAAGCAGAGGAAUUUACAAACCGAUUGUACACUGAACUAAAGUCCUCUCCUCAGCCCUACCUUGUGCCUUUUUUAAAGAGAAGCUUACCAGCAGUUCGCCAGCUAACUCCAGAUUCACAGCUCUUCAUUCAGCAAUGUGUACUACAGACCCCUCAAUCAGCAAUUGCUUCUUCAGCAUCAAUCCUCAUAACCCAACAAAAUACUAAGCCAGUUAUGAUCAAUAGCAGAGUCUUGCAGCCUAGUUGUUCCCUUUCCACUACUGUGAAACAGUCACAGCCUGAGAAGCCAGCCAAUUUGGUAAUUCAGCAGCAGAAAGGAAAUGUUAUAAAAUCCACUGUUGCAACUACUAUCCCCCAGAUAACUGCACAAUCUGUGAACAAAGUUCCACCUGCAACACAGACAUGUCACCGUGCAACAGGUACUGUUGUCAAACAGACAUACCUUCCUCCUCCUAAACUUGUCAAAGUGCAGCUUAAGAACAGUUUUAGGGAGAAUCUUGGGAGCACAUUCAGAGAUGAAGAUGACAUCAAUGAUGUGGCUUCUAUGGCAGGAGUGAACCUAAAUGAGGAGAAUGCUCGCAUCUUGGCAACAAAUUCUGAACUUGUGGGCUCAGUAAUAAGAUCUUGUAGAGAUGAACCAUUCCUUCAAACACCAACCUUGCAAAAGAAAAUAUUGGAACUGGGUAUGAGACAUGGAAUUAUAGAAGUAAAUCCGGAUGUCCUAAAUCUUGUGUCUCAUGCUACUCUUGAACGCUUGCGGGAACUUGUGGAAAAACUCACAGUAAUUGCACAACACCGUGCACUAUCAUACAAGGAUGAUGAUCGAUAUAAACUGCAAAAUGAAACUCGUUCUCAGUUAAAAUUCUUGGAACAGUUGGAUCGUUUAGAAAAACAAAGAAAAGAUGAGGAGGAGAGAGAGAUGCUUUUGCGCGCUGCAAAGAGCCGCUCCAAUAAAGAAGAUCCAGAGCAACUGAGAUUGAAACAGAAAGCUAAAGAGAUGCAGCAGCUGGAAUUGGCGCAGAUACAGCAGAGAGAUGCUAAUAUAACAGCACUUGCAGCUAUUGGACCUAGAAAGAAGCGACCAUUUGAGUCUUUAUCCUAUGGUUGUACUACAGAGGCUGGCAGUGGAAUUCCUCCCAGUGUUUCUCAGUCAGUAAAUCCAAAGCAGUUCUGUCGUCAGAGGACAACUCGUGCCAACCUCAGAGACCUUAUUUUUUGCAUGGAACAGGAAAAACCAAUGAGACAUUCAUUAGCAUUGUAUCAUGCCUUUCUUAAAUAGAAAUUGCACUGAAAUUGCCCAUUCCAUGGGAAGCUAAUACACCUUACUGCACUCUUCUAAAAUUUAGGUUAAAUAAAAGAGAGAGGAAGAGAAAUCUGAAUUUGCACAAGCUGUGUUUCUUCCACCCUUUUUUGUUUUCAGUGUGUGCAUAGAUUUUCCACAAUGACGAGAGGAUUGUGUACAUUUGUAUUUACUGUAUAUUAUGGAGAAUUUAACAUAGUGCAUUUUUCUUCCUAGUUCUCUUGCCGUUCAUUUCAUGUUUCAAUGUAUUCACAUGUUGUUUUAUUUUUAGCGUUGCAAAUUCUUCAUAUCUCAGACUAAUUUUGACCCAGUUGUUGAAUUCAUCACAUGAGCAGCAGGAGUGUGAAAAAAUCCCAUAAGAAGUACAAGCUUGCUUUAUUAACUUUAGAAUGCCAAGGGUAAUUUAAAAUAAUAAGAUAUGGGGUUUUGUUUAUCUUUCUUAUAGAUUCUUUGAU